AUGGGACCAGUCAGUAGUGAGGUGCAGCUCAUGCGCGAUCAUAAGCACAGACAUGCACACCUGCCCAAUUACCGCCCAACCCACUCAGCCCACCCAGCCAAGCCCAUUCAGCCCAAUCCACACAGGCCACCAGCCCACCCAAGCCCAUUCAGCCCACCAGCCCAGCCCAACCCAUUUAGCCAACCCAUUCAGCCCACCAGCCCACCCAAGCCCAUUCAGCCCAACCCAUUCAGCCCACUCGCCCAGCCCAAGCCGCCGAAACAGAAUCGAAUCGCGAGGCGCGCAUUCCUCGGCUCCCGGCAGUGCGCCCCGAGCGGUCGGGCAGACUGGACGGGCGGGUUGGACGCUACUCGGCCGCCACACCCACGAGGCGCAUAA